GGUGUGACAUAGACAAACACAAGCAGACUUAGUCCUACAGUACACCAUACGGAAAUUCUCUAGAAACGAGGAAAGGGACGAAUAAGAGGGACUGAUGACACUGCAUAACAUUGGAAAUACAGCGGUGAUGUAUUUAUUCAACAAUGGGAUAUUAUUUUCAUCCUGGAAAACUAUCUAAAUAUUGAGAAUCUGAAACUGAGCAUCACGGAGUAAGAUCACCUACAACCACAGUGACCAGCAGGAUGGCGACCUCGUCCAGUCCUGCAUAUUCGGAAUGUAAAACCGGAGAUACAUUUUGUGAGAUACGGGUGUAUGAACAGGAAGUGAUAAUCGUACCGGUGCUGUUUUUGAUGUUUUUUUUGGUCACGCUGGUUUUUAUACUACUGCUGAGGUUCUGUCCUGAGAAGGUGGAUCGCCUGCAAAACCGCUCAAGUCGAGCAACCAGGACUAGGAGAAAUUUGCAAGGCAUUGAUGCUCCUAUUGGUCUGAAUGCUCUGGAAGGUGAGCCAAUAGCACUGGACACUACAUCUUACAUGACGUUCAACCCUACAUCACAAGUUCGAGACUCCUAUAGGCAUGACCCUGCCUCCUUAAAUGCAAACGUGGACUUUAUCGAUGGCGGAGGCUCUUUUGGGGGCGCAGCUUCAGCCUUCUCAAAGCCCAGGGAACUUCCACGUCAGCGACUGCCAGAGAACUUCAAAGGGGUGUCUCCUCUCCCAGCAUCAUACUCUCUGAAGUCAGACAGCUCCACCUCACUCUAUAGGGCUCGGAUGGAAAACAGAAAUGUGGUGCUGCGUGUACUUAAAGAUUCAGCAAAUAACCAGGAAAGUCAGUCAUUCUUGGGUUUUGCGGCCUUCCUCUCCCAGUUAGGGCCUCAUCCCUUCUUACCGGAGCUUCUGGGAGUAAUAUCCCUGCGGGCUCCUCUCAUUACAGUUAUUGAGGAGAUAGAGAACAGAGAUCUGCUCGGAUUCCUGUGGAGGUGUAGACAGGAUAAUGUUGGACCAGACGGCAUGCAUCAGAUGACAGAGAGAAAGAUCUUCACCAUGGCCUCACAUGUGUGUUCUGCACUGGAGUUUCUCCAUAGCAAAGAUCUUCUCCACUGCAACAUCAAGGCUCGUAGCGUACUGGUCAGCAGGAUUUGUACUGCAAAACUCUGGGGUUUGGAUGAUUUAUACGCAAGGACAUUAGAAAGUUCUAAUCACAGUGAAGAUCCUGGAAGAAAAAAGUGGCAAGCUCCUGAGCUAUUGGCCAAGAGACCUGCAAGUCCAAAAAGUGAUGUUUGGUCAUUUGGGCUGCUGCUGUAUGAAAUGGUUACUCUUGGUGAGGUCCCCUUUGCUGAAAUCCCUGCAAAGGAACUUCUACAGUAUCAUCAGAGAGCCAAAACACUGAAGAAACCAAACAACUGCUCCAACUCACUUUACUCAAUUAUUAAAGCCUGCUGUCAGUGGAAGGAGCACGACCGCCCCUCGUUGGCUGAGGUCAGGCAUAAACUCCAAUCUGGAGAGAAGAGUGCCAAUGACAGCAGUAUUAUCCGUGUGCCUGAGCCAAUCAAUAUUGAAAAGUAUCUGAAGGAGGCAGGAUAUGGAGAAUCUAACAACUACACAGUUUUCUGAACUCUAGAUGUCUCCACACAUACAAAUACAUCACAUCUGUAUUUAAAACUUUGUUUGUGGUGUACGUGUACACAGUAACACUAUGCAUCUCCAGUGUCGACCAGCCAUACUGACGUAAAACUAAAGUAUGAAAUGUUAAUUUUAACGAAUACUUUCAAAUAUAAUCUUUAAUUGCCAAAUUUUCUGAUUUUAUUUGUUAUCAAAUCACUAUUUUAUUGUACAGAAAGAUAUUUGAACCUGCUGGUGCUGUGGAAAGCUAGAAUUUGAAGCAAUGAACCAAGACGCUUCAACCUUAUUGGACUGGUCUGAUCAAGCAAAAUUGAGAUCCAGGACAGUCCAGACAGAGCCAGUUUAAUGAUGCAGCCUUGUUUAAAGACACGUGGCAGGUCCAUUUGCACAUUUACUGUAUUAUAAUAAAUUAAUAGUUCUGGAAGUCACUGGAAAAUUACUGACAAUUUGACUCUUAACGUUAUUUGUAAAAAAGCACGAGCAAGAUUGUUGCGAAAAACAGCCAUCCUUAUAUUCAAACCAACAUUGGGAGUGAGAUCACUUACUUAUAAUACUGCAAAUCCUUCCCACAAUGCGACGCGAAACGCGGAAGUGAGUUAGCAUUUUAGCACUUCCGGUUCCCUGAACCUAAAGGUUUUUGCUAAAUCGCGUUCCCUGAAAUAAUUACACAAUUACCUUUCUGACCUUUUUGAAUCUUGCCCCUGACAAAUAACCCAAACUACAAAAUAAGACAAAAAAAAAAA